AUGGUGGUGUCGAGACGGCUUCCAUCAGAUGUUGAAGAAGAGAUACUCGUUCGAGUUCCACCUCAAUCUCUCCUUCGCUUCAGAUCCGUUUGCAAAGAAUGGUACAAUCGUUCCAGCAGUAAGAGAUUCGUCAACAGAAACUUUGCCUUCGCUCGCCCAGAGUUCAUGCUAAAGUCAGAUUCCCACAUUUGUUCUGUUAGUGUCGAUCUCAAAGAAGAUCCAACUAUCAAAGUGACUGAUUUUUGCUUUGAUUUUUUACGCGGUCGCCGUUAUGACCUCUCUGCGAUGACCUGCGAUGGUUACAUGUUCAUGUAUGAGUCUCCUAAAGUAGGCAUAGACAGUGGGGAACACAGAGGCGUGGUUUGGAACCCGUUAUUGAGACACACUAAAUACAUUGCCCCGAAUGAGACUACAAGGACCAUGUUCAUGGGUUACGAUGUUCAAGAAUGGAUGAUGCGUGCUAUAAUUCUAUGGUCUCCCUGA